UCAACCAACUAGAGAAAAACUAACUGAAGGGAAAAACAAUGGCGAAAGCUUCGAUCACGGUGAUAAACCUGCUAUGUUUGCUGGUGCUCUGCCGGGCAACCGAAUCGCCGCAGUACGAGGUGGUACACGUCGAAUCCGAUUUCGAAAUCAGGCACUACCGAGGCGCCACGUGGAUGUCCGCCACCGUCAACGACCUCUCCUUCCAAAGAGCCACCUUAUUUGGGUUCCACAGGUUAUUCCAGUUCAUACAGGGUGCGAAUCUGAAUUUUUCUCGAGUCGCCAUGACAUCUCCGGUGGUGACAAGCCUAAUCCCUGGAGCUGGCCCGCUGCACUCAUCGGCCUACGUUAUCCGAUUUUACUUGCCGGCCAAGUUCCAGGACAGUCCACCGACGCCACUCCCGGAGCUGAACUUGCGACCUUACACAUGGGAUUCUCACUUUGUUGCCGUGAGGAAGUUCUCAGGAUUUGCUACGGAUGAUACGGUGGUUAAAGAGGCUGAGAAACUGGGUACUAGUUUGAGCUUGUCUCCAUGGGCCAACUCUACUACUUCCACAGACUACGCUUACUCUAUUGCUCAGUAUGAUCCACCGUUCCAUCUUUUUAGCAGACUCAAUGAAGUGUGGGUGGAUGUUGAUGCUUCCAUUUUUGCUGGAAAAGCUACCUUUUGAAAGAUUAUUAACAAGGUUGGCUUCUUGUGUGUGAAACUGAACAUAUUUGAAAACUUAAUCAUAUUGUAUUAUGGUUUGUGUUAUUAUAUAAUGCUAAAACUCUGUAUAUCAUUAAUGUAAUCUAAACGCUAUUGUAUGUUUAAAUAA